AUGGGCGUCGGCGGCGCGAGGUGGGCGUGGCGGGGCCCGGCCCCGCCCCGCCCCUCCCCGAUGAGCGGAAAGCGCCGAGGCGGCGGCGCCGCCAUUUUCUGCCCGACGCCGCAUCAGGAUGGAGCCCAGACCCGACCCGGAGCCGCCCGCCGCCCGCCGAGCCCUCAGACCCGCCGCGCCACCACGGAGCGCCGCCUCGCACACCCCUCCGCACCGCUGGCAGCGCUGAACGGCCCCAUGGAGCACAGCGGACGCGAACGCGCCGGCUGGGCCCGGCUGGGCCUGGCCGCGGCCUGGCCGAAGCUGGCGGGGCCCAGCGCGGCUCCCGCCGGCGGCUCGUCCCAGGCGAGCCCGCCCUUCUCGUGGCUGCGGGUGCUGUCGCAGCUCCUGUCGCCGCUGCCCGCGCUGCUGCAGCGGCUGCUGCCCGGCCCCGCGCUCAGCACCGCGCUCUGCCCCGCCAAGGCGCCGCCGCCGCUCGUGCUGCUGCCCCAGGCGGAGGCCGCGCCGGGCUGGGCCGAGGAGCCCCCGGAGAAGCGGGCGGAGGGCGGCGCGGAGCCCCCGGCGGGGCUGUGGGGGGCCGGGCUGGUGCGGAGCGCCCUCGCCGUGGACUGGUACGUGCUGGGUAUGGAGCAGAGCAAGAGCCACCUGCCGCAGCCGCUGCGGGCCGAGGCCGUGCCCGAGGUCGAGUUCCUCCGCAGCAAGCGCCUGGCGUUCCUCCAGCGCUGGCACCUGCCCGUGCCCGACCCCGACCACGGCUACCACAGCCUGGAGGAGGAGCAGCAGCACAGGGAUGUUCGCCGGGAAGCUGCGGGGCGCUGGGACCAGCGGGGCGGUGCCGGGCAGCUGGAGCAGCCCGAGGAUCCAGGGAGACAGCCCGUGGAGCAGGAGGGGGUCCGGGAUGCGGAGGAGGAGGAGGAGGAGGAAGCGUUGCCUGAAGGGGAUGGUGAGGACUCGGACACAGAGCAAAACCUCCCGGUUUCGACCAGACCUGCGUGUGCGAAUAAAUUAAUCGAUUAUAUCAUCGGGGGAGUUUUCAGCGGGGAGGAGAGCGAGGGUGAGGAGGACUGGGAUGAUGAUGGUGAUGAUGAUGACGAUGACGGGUUCGACAGCGAAGAGCUUCCCUCGGACUCAGAGGCCGGCAGCCAGGACGGGGAGAGGCUUCACCUCUGGAAUUCCUUCUAUAGUUUGGAUCCCUACGACCCUCAGAACUUCACAGCCACCAUUCAGACAUCUUCCAGCGAUCCGGGAAGGGAGAUGUCGGAUGUGGAAGAGGAGGAGGAGGAAGAAGAAGAAGACUCGUGGGCAGAAUCCUCCUCAGGCUCUGCUCAUAGUUCUGAAGAGGAGGACGAGUGGGACUGUGGCAGCGUGGAUGAGGCAGAAAGCUUGAAACUUUGGAACUCGUUCUGUACCUCGGACGAUCCAUAUAACCCUCUAAAUUUCACGGCAGCCUUUCAGACCGCAGAGAAAAAAGGGACGCCGAGUUCGGUCCCUGUCGAGCACUUCACUGUGUGCCGGGUACAGCUGGAGAGACGCAGCUGUGGGCUCGGUGACUUGGGGCACCGUGGGAUUUUGUCCGGCGAGAAAGCUGCGAAUUCCAAGCGGAAAAAGGUAUAUUUUUGCUUUAUAUUCGUGUGUUUCGGGGCUGCUAAAAAAAACCCCCUCACAACAAACCCACAUUGCUCCGAGCAGUGCGGAGUGGGUGAGGUCAUUCCAGCAUUCCAGAUCUGCCUCCAUGAGCUUACGUGCUAAUUAUUUCCCUGGAAUUUUGUGCCUCAUCCUCGACACGUGAUGGGAAAUUUUGUCAACAG